CCAGGAUUGACGGAAGGAGGGAGGGAGGCAGUCCCCGGCUCCGCUCCCCGGGUUUUCCUUCCCGCCGCCGCCGCCGCUCCGCGCCCGCUUCCAGCUCCGGCUCUUGCGCGCCGCCUCCCCUCUCCAGCUGUUUUACGCAUCUGGCCAGCCGCGCCCUCCUCGCCUUCUCUCUCUCGCCUUCGCAGCAGCAGCAUCUGCGCGCCCGACGGCUCUCUGCCAGCUCCGAAGCUGCCAUGUCCGGGGAAGAGGCGGCCGGGGGCGACGCGGGCGCCCCGCAAAGCGCCACCGCGGCGCCACCGGAGCAGCAGCAAGAAGCCACUCCGGCAGCGCAGCCCGCCCAGGAGGGCAAGGCUGCGGGGGCCCCGUCGGAGGCGGCUGCUGCCGCCGCUGCUCCCGGGCGCCAGUACCGGGCGCUGGUGCUGAGCAGCUUCGGCGGCUACGAGAAAGUGAAGGUGCAGACGCGCCAGCUGCCCGCAGCCGAGCCCAGCCCGGCCGCGGGCCAAGUCAGCGUCGAGGUGCGCGCCUGCGGGCUCAACUUCGCGGAUCUGCUGGCCCGACAGGGGGUGUACGACAGGCUGCCGCCGCUGCCCUUCAGCCCGGGCAUGGAGGCGGCCGGCACCGUCUUGGCCGUGGGCGAGGGCGUCUCCAGCCCCAAGGUGGGUGUCGAGGGGGGGUAGGAAAGCGUCUCCGGUUCGACGGCGGCUGGGCGCGGACUCUGCUUCCUUUCCCCCGCAGUGCAGGGAAGGGUGGGCGUGGCGGGGCAGGGGGAGCGGAGGAGGAGCAGCCCACCCCCAGGAGGGCAUCUGGAUGCGUGGGCGGGGGGGGGUACGUGGGCGCGCAGCCCCCCUCACCCGUGGGGAACCCGAAGGUUCGAGGGUGGAGCUGGAGAAGGUGCCUAACCUUAGGGAGCUAACGGGAGGGGCUGGGAGGAACGUGGCGAGGCGAAGGAUCCUGCCCUGCAAGGAGUGGGGGGGGGGCGGGUCGAGAGAUGGGCGCGAUCCCCUCCCGCCCCAGGGGUUCUACCUGUCUGGAAAGUGGGCGUGGAGCUGAGACAAUGGAAGGGUGGGGUGGGGGUGCGUGGGAGGGAGCGCCCCCUCUCCACCUUCAGCUGAAGUGGGCGCCCCAGGGAGAAGGGACUCAGGAGCCCCCCCACCCCCACGAGAAGAGGGUGCGAUCCGGGACCCACCCAGAAGGGGGGAGAUGUGGGCAGGAAGACUGCCUAGGGCAGGGAGUGUCUACGUCUUGGCUGGCUUGGGGAGACGACCGAAAUGCUUUCGUUUUUUGGGGGGGGGGGCAGGAUCACGCCUCCCUCCCGCUUAUGCAAGAGGCACGGGGCUUUGUUCCUGAUCUCAUGCUUUGCCUCGGGCUUGUGGGGUGGGGUCAUUCCUUCGCAUCUGCCCUAGAUGUCCAGAAAUGCAAUGUGGAAAUGACACAGCCCCACCUUCUCCCCACAGCCUUGGGAUUUGGGGGUGGCGCAGCAGCAACAGAGGGUGGUCCCAGAUUCUGUGCCGCACUCUGCACAUGCCUGGAGCACAGCAUACGCUCAGCAGGAUGGGAAGGAGGCUGGAGUUUGUCACGUUCUUCGGAGGGGGACAACCGCACCCUGGUGACUGGGGUUAUGGACCCACACACCCCACUGUGUGUUGUGCAGGGAGCUGCACGUCAGUGGGAAGAGAUGCAGACUUUCUUUUGGUGGCUGCUGUUUACAAUCCCUUCCUUCUCCAGGGUCUCCACAGAGGGUUCUUCCGAGAGAUUAAGUAUUUAUUUAUUUUCUAAAUAACAGUCGCUGCCGCCACCCUGCAUCUGAGGGGUUAAUUUAUCCCACCCUGUCACCUCAGUUUUUCCCACAGCCACUAUUUUGGCAGAAGCUUUGUAACACUAAUAAGGCUCAUUCGAGAAAUAUAGCAAUACAGUGGUACCUCGGGUUACAUACGCUUCAGGUUACAAACUCCGCUAACCCAGAAAUAGUACCUUGGGUUAAGACCUUUGCUUCAGGAUGAGAACAGAAAUCGCGCGCAACACCAUCAGGAGGCCCCAUUAGCUAAAGUGGUGCUUCAGGUUAAGAACAGUUUCAGGUUAAGAACGGACCUCUGGAACGAAUUAAGCACGUAACCAGAGGUACCACUGUACCUGUUCCUGCUUCCUUUCUGUGUGUUCGUAUGGCACACGGUUAUAAGGUGCGGUGUGUAUUUUAAGUGUACCGGUUAUCUCAACCAGUUCAUUAAUCAUGUGACUUAAAAGCUUGAGGCUGUGAGUGCAAAAGAGAAAAUAAAGCAAAUCUUAACUCAUGGGUUUUUUGGGGGCAUAUAGGAGGGCGGGGACUUUAUCCGCAACUUCUGCUUCACCUCAAAGGCAUUCCCGGAGACUUGAGGGAGAAUUCAGGCGAACCCUGUUAAUACUUUAAAAGAACCCUGGAGCUAUGAAAAGGGGCCCUAUGCACAUUUUUUAAUUAAUUUUUGUUCCUAUCCUGCUUCCGUGCUGCCACCACCCCGACCUCAAGGUGGCGUAAGUGGUUCUCCCCCUCCCCAAUCCCAUUCAAUCCUCACCACAACCUUGGGAGGUCCCAGGAUUACCCAGUGAGUUUCGUGGGUCUGUGGGGAUUUGAACCCAUGUCUCCCAGGUCCUAGUCCAACACGCUAACCACUGCACCACACAGGCAUACAUCCUGAUGGACCUAUGUGGAGCUCUGCACCCAAGGGAAGAUUAUAAGUGGCCCAGGGUCUCCCAUUCCAUGGAGGAGCCCGUUCUCCACCUUGCUGAGCAUCCGUUGUUGUGGGGCGUGGCCUCUGGUUGUGACCACUCUCCCUCCCCCUUGUCAUGGCUGUUUAUAUGAACAUCCCUUUGGUGUGCAGUGAGCAGUGGCUUACCUGUAAAUUCCAUUAGCUUCUGUAGCCAGACUCUCCAAGGGCGUGGGCGUAAUCAUAAAAACAUAGCAAUUUCAAAUAUUUUCUGGUAUCGAUUGCUUUCAAACUGGAGGCAAAGCAUGUUGAAGCUUCCUUCAAGGUUUAUUUUUGCAAGGAUCAGGCAGGCCCGCUUUCCUUUGCACGCCGUUGCUUGAGAAGAAUAGGACUCCUUUGCAAAUUCAGAGAGAUUGCCAUGGAUUUCUCCAAUAAACUUGAUGUGCAACCGUUUUCAUCAUUGCCACUUGAUAAGUGGUAAUUAAGACUUGGGCGUCUUCAGUAUGGUUCUUCAAAUUAGCUAAUCUUGCGAUGAAAAGCCCUGCUGGUUUCUGCUUCCUGUCUUGAAAAGUACAGGGUUUGGUCCCUGGGUUUUCACCACAAAAAGCCAGUUUUGAACCUGUUUUACUGGCUGCGUUCCAACAGAACCCCAGAAACAAGGCCUAUAGUAUUCUGUUGUUCUUUGAAGAGGCUAAGAAGAGGUCAGAUGCGAAGGGCCAUAGCGCUUCAGGGUUGGAUGCAGAAGGUUCCUGGUCCAAUCUCUGCCAUCUCCAGGUCCGGCCAGGAGACAGGUCUGCCUGAAGAGCACUGGAGAGUUCUUGCCAGUCACUUUAGCGGCAACACCGAGCGACGGCUUCUGCAGACAUCCUUUUAAUGCUGCGUUCAUAAUGAUUUGCCCUCGUGAUGGUUAUACACGAUCCCACUCUCGAUACUGUCUUCACCUGCGAAGGUUUUGCGGCAGACAUACUGCUUCAUCUCCAGUCUUUUCAUUUCCUGAAAUGUGGUAUCUUUUCAUACCACAAGUGUGCGUUCUGCAGUCAUUGUACUGCAGUGCAAAGCAAUAAUGCAAUAACACAUCGUGGGACAAAUAAUAAAGUGGGAAUAAUAAAGUGGAUGUGCAGACAGUCCAGUAUAACUCCGCCACUGUUGCAUUAAUGAUAUGAUGUGGAAUACACCUGCAAAACAAAAGCAACAACCUAGAAUAUGGGCCAAGGCUCUAACUUCGGCAUGAAGUAUCUUCCUACGUAAGAUGACCAAUUCAACACCACAAUUUUAGAGGCAGUGGUGAAUUCAGCAUGGGAUAUGAGAUUUCCAUCAUUCUGGUUCAGCAAGACUUGCAUAUAUAUAUAUAUAGAUUUGUAAAGUAUAAUUCCUAUAGCAUUGGAGAUAUGCCUCAAAAACCUCCAGUUUUGCAACCAGAGCUUUCCGGAGUCAAUUACAUGCAAGUCUUCGUAAAUUUGGCCCUAUGUUCUGGUUUUAUUCCGGUUGAAGAACUAUGGCAUACCCUGGCCUGGAAUUUGAAUAGUUGCAAUAAUAUGUAGAAGUCCUAGCCCAUGGAUUUCUAGGCAGGCUUUGUCCUUACUGAAAGGCCCCAAAGGUUCAAAAUAAAUUGGACCAGAACAUUGAAACACCAGUUGGACCAGUUAAGGCGGCCAACCUACUUGAAAGUCACCUUGGCAACCAAGUUCAUUGGCUGGGCGCCUAUCUUGCAAGCAGAGAGUUGCCUGGUUACUUCAAACUGAUUAUGGGUAAUUCAGCCGCCAACCUGCUUCCUUUUUUGCCCUCUGCGAGCCACCGCCCCUCAAGUUCCUUUGUUUGGUCAACUGUGUCUUUAGAGGCAGCCCUAGAAAGCAUCUUUGGAGGAGACCAGGUGAUCUAGCUACCUGGCGACAGUUCCACGGGUUGCAUCUUUGGACUAGAAGAAGUGGCCAAUGAGCUUGGGGGUGGGGUGGAGAAUAUGUCCUGCAGUCUCAUUGUGCUGUGCCUCCUUCCCGGCCUGAUCCAGCUAGCUUCUCUUCUGACCAGUGAUGAUUCAUAGAGUGGCUUAUGGGAUUGCUGAGUUAAUGGGGAAGGACUGUACCCCACGGGCAGAGCGGAAGGUCCCUGGGACAACCUCCAGGAUACCCAGGUGGGUACUGGAGUGAAUGGGUGUUAGGGGAAGGGUAAUCGUACACCUUGGAGUAAAUUGUCCACCUUUGGUCCCUGUUAUGUACUGAAGUUCUCACCCUGGGCCAACAGGGGGAUACUGUAGAUAGUUUUCACUCAGGUCCACAUAUGCAAAUAAGGAAUUGAAAGUGACGUUCAGUGAUUGGAUAGUUACAGAAAGUUGUUACUGUUGCAUUCUAGUGGAGCUCUAUAUAAGCAGGCUGGCUGAACCCUUCAGUUCAGUUCUGUUCUGGGUCUGUGAAUAAAUAAGAGCUGUUUGAAGAAUUGCUGUGUCGUCUGAUAUGUUCACCCGCAACUUAACAGUCCUCAUCCUGCACUUGGCUCCCAGCUGUGGCUCCUAGAAGCUGUCAGCAUGUGACAGCGGCCACACCCUGGGAAUGGCUUCAAAGGUUUCAAGCCCUGGGUGAGUUAGGGACUUCCCCUGCAUGCGAAGACAGGCUCCAGAGGACUGAAUGGCCGAGACCAAUUAUGGGUCCAAUGGUCAAGAAGGAGGUUUCUGCACCUGCCGUAGAGGGAAGUGAGGGGCAGGUGGGGCUCGUCAACCUGUGAAGGUAGCCCAUCUCUGAGAAGGAAAACCGAUACAGUGGUACCUUGGUUUAUGAACUCAAUCCGUUCCGGAAGUCCGUUCUUAAACCAAGGCGUGCUUUCCCAUAGCAGCGGGGCGCUCAAUUUACAAAUGGAACAGACUCAACAGGAAGUGAAACAUGUUCUUCUUCCAAGGCAAAGUUCACAAACCAAAACACCUACUUCCGGGUUUGCAGCGUUCUUAAUCCAAGUUGUUCAUAAACUAAGCUGUUCUUAAAUCAAGGUACCACUGUAUAUUGCCAGGUCAAAAAUCUCUGGUGCCGCUCAGUUCAAGCCGUGCUCUGUGUGCAUUGUGUCACUCGUGGAAGACGUAGCAAAUUAGGGGGAAAGUUUUGCUCAAGUACGCGAGGCUUCUAAAAGGGCUUUGAGUCUAUCAGUUUUUCGGGGGGGGGGUUCCCCAACUGCCCCCUACCCUGUGUCCAAUUUCUGAUGGGAGUUACGGUUGUUGCCAGAUACUCAGGCAGCAACGCACAGUUUAUCAGUCUAGUGCACUUGUCUGCUCCUGUAAUGGGAUGCAGAUUCGAUGUUCCAGCUGCCUAAUAAGGCUUAGCGGGGGUGUUGUGGUUUUGUGUGUGUGUGUGUGCCAGAGACGGGCUGUUAUGGGCAUUGGGGAAUCUUGCCGCCACCAUUCCCACAAGAGACAACAGCUGGCUUUUUUGCUAUCUAAAUGGGCCUCGUGCUGGGAAAACGCAGACAGGCAGCAGCUCCUAGACAACGUCCCCUGGUGUUCUCUAAUUAUUUCUGCCUCUUUACCUGUGAGUUGGGUGCGAGGGGAAUAGAGCAUCUCCAUUAUCCUUAAGGAGGAGCGGAAGAUUCAGUGGGGGGUUGGGCACAGCUGUCUCUGCCCUGCCUGCUCCUUGCAAGACUUCUAAACCUUCAACUGCAAGUCUUAAAAAAAAGAGUAAAAAAAAAUUUAUUUUCAGCGUUAGUAGAAUUAAAAUAAAAGGUAAAGGGACCCCUGACCAUUAGGUCCAGUCGUGGCCGACUCUGGGGUUGCGGCGCUCAUCUCGCUUUAUUGGCCGAGGGAGCCAGCGUACAGCUUCCAGGUCAUGUGGCCAGCAUGACUAAGCCGCUUCUGGCCAACCAGAGCAGCACACGGAAACGCCGUUUACCUUCCCGCUGGAGCGGUACCUAUUUAUCUACUUGCACUUUGACGUGCUUUCAAACUGCUAGGUGGGCAGGAGCUGGGACUGAGCAACGGGAGCUCACCCUGUCACGGGGAUUCGAACUGCCGACCUUCUGAUCGGCAAGUCCUAGGCUCUGUGGUUUAACCCACAGCACCAAUAUAUACACAUAAAAGAUCGCAUGCAAACAGUGGUACCUCAGGUUAAGUACUUAAUUCGUUCCGGAGGUCCGUUCUUAACCUGAAACUGUUCUUAACUUGAAGCACCACUUUAGCUAAUGGGGCCUCCUUCUGCUGCCGCGCCGCCAGAGCAUGAUUUCUGUUCUCAUCCUGAAGCAAAGUUCUUAACCCGAGGUACUGUUUCUGGGUUAGCAGAGUGUGUAACCUGAAGCGUAUGUAACCUGAAGUACCACUGUAAUACAAACAUUGCAGCACCAGCCCUUUUUCUUACAAGUAAGCAGCUGUAACAGAGAAGGAAAUGCCAAAGGGCUGAUUGCCACUAGCUGCUGAUUCUGUAGGUUCACCCUAUCUGUAUUCAAAUACGGUCAUAAAACAGGAAGAAUAAAAUUGCGAGAUAAUGAAAUAAUCCUCCUAGGCCUUUACUGAUCUCUGAGCCAGCUCAUGCAGCCUCAAACCCUUACAAAGCAGAAAACAAAUAAGGCACUGUAAGCAGACAAAGUUCACCCUUCCAGGGCUUGCGUGGCCUCGCCUGAUUCAGAUGUUCCAGAGAAAUAGUCCUGUGCUGGUGAAAUUUUGCCCCCAAAUCUCUUAAGAGGUUGCUCCUGAUGGGGAGGCACCCGAUAUCAUCACUCAGUCCUGUUCUCUGAAAUUGAUCCUGGAAGAUAGGACUGGAACCAGUGCCUUCAAUGCCCAACUCAUAGAACUGGUUCACGGGAGGCCAUCGUCAAUGGUAUCAAAAGCCACUGAGAGAUCAGGUAAAAGCCACAGGGUCACACUCCCCUUGACUCCCCUCUCAAGGCGGCCAAGGUCGGAUUCAGUCCCAUAUCCUUGCCUGAACCCCAAUUGGAAUAAGUCAAGAUAAUAGGCUUCAUCCAAGCGUAUGUGCAACUGUUGCUGUGUAGGCCCUGCCAUUUUGCUUUUGGUGCACGCCCUCAGGAGACAGGGCAUGUUCAUCUGUCGCUUUCAGAAUGGUCGAGAGUAAGUGUGGACCGCCAGGUUGGAUUACCUGAGAACCUUGCGUAAUCAAGGAAAGAUCGACAGUUUCCUUUCCCCUUGAGUUAGAGGCCUCGCCAUGUUAUUAUGUGUGUUGUUUCUUUUCAUUGCCUGUAGUUUCAGCUUCUGUUUCAAACUACAGGUAGGUAGCCGUGUUGGUCUGCCAUAGUCAAAACAAAAAUAAAAAAUAAAAAUUACUCAGAACGGUGGUGGGAAUGGGUGAUUGGCUGAUAGGUGUGGUAAACCUGUUGACUACUGUUAACGACUGCAAUUGGUCUUACAGGAAAAAGUAAGGGGUGAGAGGGCUAAAAAUAGUUUUAUCAUGUAUAAUGAGAUAAGAAUCCAAUGUCUCUGUUCAGACCAGGUCUCUCCAUGGUUCUAAGUUUGGUAAUAAGUUGCAAUUCAGCCACUUCUCUUUCCAGUCUAUUUCUGAAAUUCUUUUGUAAUAUGACAUCUACUUUGAGAUCUUGUGAUGCCAGGAAUCACAAGACAGAGAAACCAGUAGAAUACUUCAAUCUCCCAGGGCAUUCUAUACAAGAUUAAUAAAAAGAAAGAAAAAGAAAUGGUAUGGGCGCUAAAAUAAGGUUACCAAAUUUGUUUCAAUGAAUCCGGGGGGACACUUUUCAAAUUCAAUGGAUUUUGUAUGGGAACCGAUUUCUAGAUCCGGGGACUGUCCCUGGGAAAUGGGGAUGUCUGGUAAAACCAAUGGCAAAAACUCCCACAAAACCCCCUCACAAGGGACGAAAGCUUAAAAACACAUGGAUACAAAUAAAGUCCGGAUCUUGCAAAUCCUGCCCCACUCAAAGAGGCCAGGCUGAUGAGUUGGUUCUUGGACAAUAGCCCUGUAACUGAUACCUGUCAACUUGGGGAUGGCUCCGUCUGUGGUCAUGAAGUGCAUCCAGUCUGUGUUGAUUUUGGCACUGCUCUGUGGAUGAGGAAUGUAACAUCCAUCACAAUGGCUUGUUGUCCUUUGGGAUUGUCAUCAUGCACCUAUCUUAUGCUGCUCCUCCCCUGAAUAUCUUGUUUAUUCGAGCAGUGAUCUUCCUUCCUGGCUGCAGCAAGAGAAGUCCCUUUAUAGCAUGUGGCAGCUGCUAGCCAUCUUUCCCACCCUAAAAACAGCCUGCUUCCCUUGGCUAUUUUAAAUUAAUUACUAAUACACAAGGCGAUAGCUGGACCUGAGGAAGAGCAGAGAAUUAGGUCAAUGCAUUCCAGCUAAUGCCAGAAGUGUGUGCUAUGUAUUACAUUUCAAUAAUAAUAAUAAAUAAUAAUUUAUUAUUUAUACCCCGCCCAUCUGGCUGAGUUUCCCCAGCCACUCUGGGCGGCUCCCAAUCGAGUGUUAAAAACAAUACAGCAUUAAAUAAAAUAAGCAUAAAUUAAAUUAAAUUAAGCACAAAGCCAUGAGGUAAUACUUGAUAUCCUCCUUUGGGGCGGCCAUUUUUGUUUUUCUGCUUUUUAUUAGAGACGCAGCUUUGGCAGACGCCGUCCUCGAAUUCUCCUAGAAAGAACUUUCACUCAGAAACGCCGUCGUGCUUUCUUACGUGAAGCACGUCUUCCUGAUUUUUGACUUCGGUUAUUGGAAAACUGUAGAGAUGAAGUCAUUGUCACCAAGAGAAACUUGGCUGAGGGGGUCCAGGGCCCUGGCUGAAGCAGGCGUUCCCUCUAACGUAAAAGGAAAGGGUGCCCUGGAGGCCUUUGCAGUGGGCCUUAUGAUUUGCGCUGAGAUGCUCUUGCUAGGUUGGAAGCUGGCCCAAGCCGUCUGUCAUUGAACCACGACUGGUCUAAUGACUCCAUGGCUCCAUUGGAGGCACGUUCAGGCAUCCUGCUUGCAUGUAGAAUCUCAGUGGUGUCCAAACUUUUUUCAAAGAGGGCCAGAUUUGAUGAAAUGAAGGGGCGACCAAAGUUUUUGAGCUUUUUUCGGAUUGAAGUUGUUAAGGUGGAUUUUUAGGACUUUACCCCAGGAAAUAAACUGCCACAGGGGCUGGAUUCAACUGACCGGUGGGCCGGAUUAGGCCCCUGAAACGGACUUUGGACAUGCCUGAUGUAGAUCCUACAAUAAGCUCAGCCCCUGCCUCACUAUUCCCUUUGAGUAGUUGGAGAUUGAAGUCUGAAGCGGGCAAUCUCUUCUCCCCGUGCGUAUUUCUGGCAUGAGACAGAACCCUGCAAAACUGGGAGCAGCCAUAGUUUAGCGGUAGAGGAUUUACAGAAGGUUCGAGAUAGAGCAGCUGGGAAUGUCCUCUGCAUGAAACCCUGGAGAGCCAUCAGUGUUUCCCAAUCUUGGGUCUCCAGCUGUUGUUGGACUACAACUCCCAUCAUCCCUUGCUAGCCAUGGUCAAGGAUUGUGGGAACUGUAGUCCGAAAACAACUGGAGACCCAGGAUUGGGAAACACUGGACUAGACAGUAGUGAGCUUGAUGGACUGGUGGUCUGAUUCUGCCUGCAGCAGCGUCCUGCAUCCCUUAAUUGGGAUCCUAAAUUGUGUGGAGAAGGGAAACUUUCUGCUUUUACCCUCCAAGUUCUGGAGGACCUCAGAGAUAGUGAUGUGGAGGGAGUGAAUUAUUCCUUUUUUUAUUAUUAUUAAAUUAGCAUGCUGCCCUUCAUCCCUAGAUCUCCAGGUGGUUCACAAAACCUAACAAUACAUCCAGGAUUUGCGGGUGACCUUUGAGGCUUUUCCAAAUAGUUCUCUUCAAAGUUGUCUCUUUGAAGCUACUUAAGCACUGUUUUUCUUCGACCAGUAUGUAAAAAAAGAGUUCAUUAGGGUUCCCCCACCCCCUACAAAGUUUAUCCUCUUUCACGCUGGUAACUUGGAGGCAAAGUGGAACGUGUGUCUAGAGGUAGUUUUCAAAGGCGGCUUGUAUUUUUAAUCAGUAAAUGGGGGCUGGGGAGGAAACCACACACAGUUAUGGAAGUAGCCGCUGCAGCCUUCUGUGCGCAGUGAUGCUCUGUGUGUGGCUGCUUCGGAAGUCACACUGUUCCUGUAAAGAGGCUGCUUGUGAGCGGCCCAUUGCAGAGGCCAAUGAGCUGCUGAAAUGUCUGCAUCAGCUUUGUUGCAGCAGUUGAAAGCAUGUGUUGUUUGCUUGAUGCUUCGUUGCCUAUCAAAAUCUGCAAGACAACCUUCCAGAACUGGCUGGGGCUGAUGGGAGCUGUAGUUCUGGACUGUGCUGCUAUAGGCUGCUAUAAGGAAAGUUCAUUAUACAGUAGUACCUCUGCUUACGUAACCAGAGGGUUACGUAAACUUUGGGUUACAUAGGCGGCAAACCCUGAAGUAUUUUACCGGGUUUUGCCGCAUGCGCAGAAGCCGUCCUCUGGUUGCGAAAACCUCGGGAUCCGACCGGACCUCCAGAACGGAUCCCGUCCACAACUGGAAGUACCUCUGUACACCUUUAGGAGUCAGGCAAAAUGUUCCUAUAUAACCAGGCCUUUGGCUGAGUUACAUGCAAUGCCCUUUUAAAAUGUGUUGCCAGGGGCGCGCGUGUUAUUGGGUUGUUUUUUGGUUUAUUAUGUAUUUUGUGAUUUUAUAUUGUGAUUUUAUGUUGUAAACUGCCAGAAAGCUGUGGGUAUAGGGCGGUAUACAUUUUUUAAUAAUAAUAAAAAUAGUAGUAGUAGUGGUAGUUGUUAUUGGAAGCCUGAACAAGCAGACGCGCUUCGUGCAUUUUCUCCCAACAAGGAAGUUGGAUUUGGCCUCCCUUGGCCUUCGCAUUCUUUAACUAGAAACAUAACCAAGCAAACCCACCCAGAGUUGGCGUUGCAAACGCACUGUCUCUUUCUUGAACGCAUUAAUAACCCUGGGGUGCCUUUCAUCUUUCCUCCCUGAAUGCGCAAUGUGUGCUGCUUCGCAUAUUUCAAAAGGAGCGUGCAGACUGUGUCCCAUCUGGCGGUAGUUUUACGAGGAUUUUAAUUAUUGAUUGUAAGGUGCUUGCGAGUGAGAAGCGACCAUGUGUAAGAACACCCUGGCACUUUCCUUAAAAAGAUAAGAAAAGCAGUUUUGGGGGAGGGGGGAUGUAGAAUGGAAAUGCAGCAUGGGGGUGGGUGCGUAUGGACGACAACAACAACAACAACAACUUAUUGUUUAUACCCCACCCAUCUGGCUGGGUUUCUCCAGCCACUCUGGGCUGCUCCAACGAAAGUUUUAAAAUACAUUAAAACAUCAGUCAUUAAAAACUUCCCUUAGAUGUCUUCUAAACGUCACAUAGUUGUUUAUUUCCUUGACAUCUGGUGGGAGGGCGUUCCACAGGGCGGGUGCCACUACCGAGAAGGCUCUCUGCCUGGUUCCUUGUGACCUCACUUCUCGCAAUGAGGGAACUGCCAGAAGGCCCUCGGAGCUGGACCUCAGUGUCCCGGCAGAACGAUGGGGGUGGAGACGCUCCUUCAGGUUUGCAUGCAGACUUAACCCUGUGCUCACUGCUGUGGCUGUCCCUCAAAGGAGCCACUUUCCUCGGUUUCCAAAUUUGCAUGUUUGCAAGGGCAAGGAUUAAUACACACAGCACAUGUGUUGCUUCUCUGUUGGGAAGGACCGUAUGCUCUGUGACGGAGCUUCAAAUCCUGGCAUUGCCAGGUGGGGUUGGGAAGAUCUGCCAGAAACUCUGGAAAGCUGCUGCCAACAUAGGCAUAGCCAGGUGCGGGGAGGGAAGGGCAGCUCCCCCCCCCCCCAAUAAAUACAAAUCAGUAAAAAUACAUAGCAAACAGAGGUUCUGCCCCCCCCAACAAAAAUCCUGGCUACGCCCAUGGCUGCCAAUGUUAUUACUUUUUUUAACAAGUUUUAUUGGGAUUUAUAGAGAAAAAUGCAAAUCUUAAUAUCAAAUAUCUUUCCCCCCUUUUUCAUCCAGAUUAAGACUUUGAUCUAAGUACAUUAAAAACAUAAAGGAAAAGGGGGGGAGAGAGAAAGGAGUAGAAAAAGAAAGAGAAAAAAGAGUAGAAAAGAGGUUAUGAUAGAGAAUGAUAGAAAAACAAAAUUCAGAAAGUAAAGAACUUUUGAUUGUCUGUCUGCUAUAUAUAAACAAUAUUCACUUUGCCCACUCCAAUAUAACACGCAACAAAGCCACUUUCUAUAAUCAGUUGCCCUCAAAUCCAGAUAUUAUUUAUUUUUCACACAAAAAGUCCAUGAGAGGUUUCCAGUCUUUUGCAAAUAUUAACGACUUUUCUCUGAUCAAACGUCGAUCUCGUCAUUUCACCUGUCCACUAGUUUUAACAGCCAUUCUUCCAUUGUUGGUAACAAUGGGUUCUUUCCAUCUUUGUGCAUAUAAAAGUAUCACAGCGGUAAUCAUAUAUUGUAACAAAGUUCCAGUGUCCUUUUCUAACUGUAUAUAAGUCCCAGCAGGAAUAGUUCUGGCUUCAGUUUUUAAAAAAACCAGUCUUCAAAAUUCUCUGUAUCAAUGUACAUAUUUGUACCCAAUAUUGUAACUUAAACAUGUGGUAGGGAGAAGAGGCCCUCAUGGAACUCAGAUUUGCCGUAACUUGAUCCGGCAGAAUCCUGGGUCAACCCAAUUCAGGUUGAAACAAAAUAAAAACAUUCCUUCCAGUAGCACCUUAGAAACCAACUAAGUUUGUUAUUGGUAUGAGCUUUCGUACCACACGAAAUAACAAACUUAGUUGGUCUCUAAGGUGCUACUGGAAGGUAUUUUUUUGUUUCGACUACGGCAGACCAACACGGCUACCUACCUGUAACCCAAUUCAGGUUGUUAUCCAGGAUUUGGCUGGAUCUGUUGCACAGCUCUCCUGGCUUGUUGUUAGGAAGCUUCCUGUGUUUUCCCCCUCCAAAGCUGCUUUUCUUUUCUUUUAAAUAAGGAGGAGGGGAGACACCACUUGCAUGUGGCUGCCUCUAAUCCGUAUUUCUGCCUUGAAUUUAAGAAGGCAACAUGACCAGUGUUUUAUGGAAGAACGGGUGUCUUUUUCGGAUUACUCAGAGAAGUAUUGCAGUGUGGUGAGCUCGCGAGCUGGGUUUAAGCUAUGAGCAACAGAAGUAAUUAGACUAUAAUGUCGUGAUUGUGAUUUAACAGAUGGGAGAAGCAACAACUCUGUGGAAAAUGGGGGCGGGGGGGAGAGAGAAAAGACAGAAUUGUGUUUUGAUUGUUGAUGUUUAAAAUGCUGAAACUUAAAAUAUAAUUGAAAAGAAAAAGGAAGGAGAGGCAGUAGCGUGUUUGUUGCGUACAUAGGAUUUGUUUAUCAUAGGCUUCCUCAACCUCGGCCCUCCAGAUGUUUUGAGACUACAAUUCCCAUCAUCCCUGACCACUGGUCCUGCUAGCUAGGGAUCAUGGGAGUUGUAGUCCCAAAACAUCUGGAGGGCCGGGGUUGAGGAAGUCUGGUUUACCACAUGUGUAGUCAGCGUACACAGUAAGGGGCCUAGUUCAGUUGUGGCUGCAUACUUUCAUAGCUCUUGCAUCCCAUUUUCCCCCAUCCCUGUUUCCCAAUAUCUGCUUCUCAUGGACAUUAUACGGCUUUGGGAACAGGGCAAAACCGGUAUAUUCAGCAUCGGCAGCCAAAGAUUGGGUUGGUAACUUUCAACGAACACGUGCUAUUUAGCUGCAAGGCUUGUUACAACCAGUCGUCUUCCAGAGUAGAUAAAAACAUUUGUCCUUGUGUAAUAUCACGCAGGAACUCAUCCAGUGUUUGGGAAAAGCUUGCCGGCUGUUGCAUAAGGCAACAGCCAGCUUCUCCACCCACCUGCUCACAGGGGCCUUGUAUUUUUGCACUAAGGUCCUGGAAUUAGGAAUCUGGACGAACCAUGGCAGUUUUGUUAGCAGUAUGUGAAUGCGCUAAGGGGAGGGGACUGGCUAUUAGCUCUGCUCCGACAGCAAAAGGUGAAAUUCUCUGUAUUCUGAACCAGCCGCCGCAUUUCAGCAGGAGGCAACUAAAUUGCACACCGGGAUUAGAUAACGCGCAUUUGCAUUUUUAGCAUUUGCAUGCAUCUUGUCUUCAGCAACUGUGGGAACACCUGGGAAGGCAGAAGGCAGAUACAAAGAGUUUCAUUACUAAAAGCCUGUGAGGAAUAGAUUUCUUGUACCCAACAGUAAUAUAGAAUCACGGGAAUUUUAGCGGCAAGAAAUUGGAAAAAUACUAAAACACCUAAUAUAGCAGACUGGCAAACAUUAAUGGUAGAAUACUUGCAGCUAGCAAAAGGUGACAGGAAGAGUUAAGGGCCAAACAAAACAAAAAGUCCAUAAGGAAUGGAGAAUAUUUAAAAAAUAGUUCAAGAACCAUGGUAUAAAGGGUAAUGUGGCAGAUGUAGACUGAGCCUUGUAGUAUGUAAAGGUAAUCAACAAUUUACAUAGAAAUACGAUAAAAAAUAGAAGAAAUAAGUAACUGUGUGGUAAAAGUAUAUUUAACAGAUAACGUACAAUGAGAAUGUUUGGAAGUCUUUUUAAAACCUCAACUACUUUUUCUUCUUUAUUUUAUUUUUUUAUUUUUUAUUUUUUCAUAAAUUGUAGUGUCAUGUGUAUUGUGAGAUAUACAAAGUAUCUUUGCUUAAGUUGCUAUCAUUUUCUUUUUUGUUACAAACCAAAACAGAGAGUGUUGUAUAAAUGUAUAUUUUUGAAAAAAUAAAAUAAAAAGUACUAUAGAAUAAUGGAAGGGUCUACUAGUCCAACUCCCUUUAGUGCAGGAAUGUUUUGCCCAAUGUACUCGGUGUGACGUCAGUGAUGGCAACGCCACUUGCCAUCGCUUUACUUUUAGUCAGCUUUCACAAGAGGGCAACCCAUUUGUAUCUACUCAGAAGUUCUACAACAAGACUUGCUCCUUACUAAACCAACAUUAAGAGAGUCCUGUGACAUCUUUAACAGGCAUCCCAAACUCAGCCCUCCAGCUGUUUUGGGACUACAAUUCCCAUCAUCCCUGACCACCGGUCCUGUUAGUGAGGGGUGACAGGAAUUGUAGUCUCAAACCAGCUGGAGGGCCGAGUUUGGGGAUACCUGGGUGAACACAUUGAUUGUGCCAUAAGCUUUCCAGCAGGGCCGCCCCAUCCAUGAGGCGUGUUGAGGCGAUCGCCUCAGGCAGCAGCAUCCACCGGUGCAGCCUAUCUUUGUGGGGCUACCUUUGAAGAUGACCCAGAAGCUACAACUAAUCCAGAAUGCAGCAGCUAAACUGGUGACUGGGAGCGGCCGCCGAGACCACAUAACACCGGUCUUGAAAGACCUCCAUUGGCUCCCAGUACGUUUCCGAGCACAGUUCAGAGUGUUGAUGCUGACCUUUAAAGCCCUAAACGGCCUCGGUCCAGUAUACCUGAAGGAGUGUCUCCACUCCCAUCGUUCUGCCAGGACACUGAGGUCCAGUGCCGAGGGCCUUCUGGCAGUUCCCUCAUUGCGAGAAGUGAGGUUACAGGGAACCAGGCAGAGGGCCUUCUUGGUAGUGGCACCCGCCCUGUGGAACCCCCUCCCACCAGAUGUCAAAGAGAAAAACAACUACCAGACUUUUAGAAGACAUUUGAAGGCAGCCCUGUUUAGGGAAGCUUUUAAUGUUUGAAGCACUAUUGUAUUUUAAACUUUUGUCGGAAGCCGCCCAGAGUGGCUGGGGAAACCCAGCCAGAUGGGCGGGGUAUAAAUAAAUUAUUAUUAUUAUUAUUUCCUCAUUUUGUUCCUGGUGUAGAUCAUCUCUCCCUGUUUCUUCCCUGGCGGGCGGGGUGGGUGCCAUCUUGACAUCCACCUCACAUUCCCAAAUGUCUUGGGCCAAUUCUGCUUUCAAGAACCUCAGUCCACUUCUUCAGGUGCAUGAAAUGUCCCCCUCAGUUCCAGGCAUGUAAUGUGGGCAUGUGCUGCCGGUGAUGGAAACGAUGAGUGCAGAGGGAAUGAAACGUAGGAGAGCACAGACUGCUUAUUCAUGGUGUGUUCAGAUUGGAUUUCUUUUUCAUUUAUAUAGAUUAAUUCAUUUGGUUUUUCAAAUUAAAAUUUCACAAAGAUCUAUCAAGCAUAAAUCAUAGAAACAAGAUUCCAAGGAAUCUCCUGGACUUGGUGGGUCCUAUUAUUAAUCAUUUCCUCCUGCAUCUUUUAUGAUGAUCCAAAUCUUUUACAUCUCCAUUGUAUCCAGAAUUCAGCCUUGAACUACAAGCGAUAUUCUAAUCCUUCUAACGAUUUUAACUGUUUUCAGUGCUCUUUAAGAUAAGUCAUAAAUUUCCCCCAUUCCUUAUUAAAAUGUUGGUCUUUCUGAUUUCUGACUCUUCCGGUCAUUUUAGCCAUUUUGGCAUAGUCCAUCAACUUCUAUCUGCCAUGCUUCUCUGGUAGGAACUUUAUCUUCUGUCCAUCUCUGGGCCAGUAACAUCGUGCAUUCGUGGUCACAUAAGGAUUGGAUUUCUUACUUGGUCAGAAUCGUUUGCCCUGACUAUGGCCCUCUGAGAUUUGAGUGGCUCGUCUGUCCAAAUGGGCAUUGCGAGUUGAGUGUGUGUCUGGGGAACUUGCCUUCCAGUAUAUAUCCGUGGUUGCGAUGCAGUUUGAACCUGGCCAUCCCGAGAUUGAACUGCCUCACUGCUCUGGGUUUGUCUUGUCCUGUGUUGCUGUGGAAACCAACUCUGCUCCUUCUGCUACUUUGGGCCAAGAGGCUUCAUCUGUUUGGCUUUCCACACGCAUGCAAAGUAUUUAUGACUGCUGCAGAGGGAGGUUCACGCCGAAGGUGAAGGAUACUGGGCCACAGUUAUGCUCCUUUCCUGAGAGCAGAGCCAAAUAAACACAGGAUUUCCCCCUCUGCAAAGGAAAUGGUUGUGUUUUCUUUCAGCAGGAGAGAUACGGGGCCGGGGGAAAUCUGGAAAUGGCGCCAGAGAGUUGCAUUGUUUCCAUGGGCCCUCCGGGAGCCCAGUCGCCAUAAAAGAUAGUCUGGGUACAAGAAGCAAUCUUGUUAGUCGAUUUAAUGCAAACAUUGCCGUGCUAGAUCAAGCUUCUGAAAAUUUGGGGGUUUUUUGCUGGAGGGAAUAAAUAUACCAAGUCUGUAUCAUUUCUGGUGGAGCUGGUAACAGAACCAUAGUUACACCCAGCCUCUGAGACACUUGUGUCCCAAGUCUACCCUUCCAUUGUUUCCAUAAUCUCCAGUCUUUUGCAGUCCACUUCACAGACCCCACCUCCAUUGCAUGUCUCUAAAAUAUAAAUAAAAUCUUGACAACACCGGCACAUCAACCCUGGACUAUGCUUUAUGGGUGUCCAACACUCUUGCCUCCCCGACCCCCCAGCAAAAGGAGUGUAGCCAUAGGUCACUUGUCAGUAACUUGACAGGCGAACUAAUGCCAGUGUCCUGGAAGAAGCAAAGAUCACCAGUGUCAAAGCAAUGAUUCUUCAACAUCAGCUUUGUUGGACUGGUCAUGUUGUUCAGAUGCCUGAUGAUCGUCUUCCAAAGCAACUACUCUAUUCCGAACUUAAAAAUGGAAAGCGUAAUGCUGGUGGUCAACACAAGAGGUUUAAAGACUCUCUCAAGUCAAAUCUAAAAAAAUGUAGUAUAAACACCAACAACUGGGAAACACUGGCCUGUGAGCGCUCCAGUUGGAGAACAGCCUUUGCCAAAGGUGUCAUGGGCUUCAGUGGCGUAGCGUGGGGGGUGCAGGGGGGGCCGGCCGCACCGGCCGCAACAUCUGGGGGUUAGGGUUAGGGGGCGCAAAUCCACGGGUUAGGGGGUGCAAAUUACUUGCCUUGCCCCGGGUCCUGACAACCCACGCUACACCCCUGAUGGGCUUUGAAGACACUCAAACUCAGGACGUGUGGAUCCAGAAUUGGCCUCCAUAGUCACUCACUGACUCACUGUUAAGACUGUAUUAAUGGAAGACAAUCUUAUUCAGCUACGAGUGAUCACAGAAGAAGAAGAAGAAGAAGAGGAGGAGGAGGAGGAGGACGAAAGUGCCAGUGAUGGACUUUCUCUGCAUUGGCAUAAGCAGAGUAAUUUUUAAAUGUGUGCAGACUCACAAGUGUGGGACUGGAAUAUGACCCGAGUGUGAAAUGUUAUGAUCACCUGUAUGGACUUGAAAACAGAAGAUAGCAAUGGACGUAUUGCUUCGCAAAAGGAUGCUAAAAAUGGCUGUGGUUGAGCAGUUGUGAGUUCGACGCAGCCUGCUCUGCUCUUUCUCGUUCUUGCAUUGCAGGGGGGUGGGCUGUUUGGGUCUCUUCCAGCUCCAUGAGUCUAUAAUUCUGUAUAUCUGAGCUGUUUUCUGUGGGGCAGCCUCCACCAGGGAAGGCCAGCAGAGAAAAAAAGCUUUAAAAAUGAACCAAUAAUUACUGCCUUUGGAGUCUGGACAACGGAUCUUUCACUGUAGCUUUCUCUUUGUCCAAGAUCUGCUUUCCCAGAUGCUGAAAUCAUUUCUGUGACUUCGUUCCUCGACUAAAGGUGGGAGCAGGCUAGUUUCUUGCAGUGGGAGUUUGCCUCCUAUCUUGAUUUCUGCAAAAAUGCUAGAAAGUUACUUAAAACCAAACAAGCCUGGGAAUCUGAGGCUUUCCCUGGAGAGGCAACUGGUCUUUGGAUGCCCGGGGGGGUUCUUUGUAGGGUCUUUGGGAGCCCUAGUAUAUGUGGUACAGAACCAAGGGUUAAAAUGGGCUUUGCAUGGUGACCUCCCCAUCACACUGUGAAAAUUGAGAGGGUUCCUGAGAGCUCAACCCAGUCUUCUUCUCCAGCUGCACAUUGCUGAAGAAGGGAAAGAAUCUGUUUCUUCCCUCUCCUGGCCUCCUACCCACAAGUGAAGUUCAUGUGCUGUUUCUGGACCUUUGCUUUGAAGUGUUUCUAGGAAUCUUCAGUUUCAGAUUGAGAACACAAGAAUACCUGAAAUUAACAUAACGGGCGACCGUGCUCAACUUCGGGUGUUGGUCUGCAGUUUCUAGUGGGUGGAAACGAUGCGCUUGGCUCUCUGGACUUAUUUUCCACUUUUCAAUCUAGCCCUCUAAUCCAGAAAAUAUCACCCAGAGCUCUGUGGUUUUGCAUUCCAAACAACGGUUAUGGAUUACGAAGAAUUUUCCCUUCCCUUCAGAAUGAUGCAGCUUCAUGUAUUUCUGAAGCAUGUAAGGAAAUGUAAUGUUGCAGGUAGGGACAAUCCUUGUGUACAGUGGUACCUCGGGUUAAGUACUUAAUUCGUUCUGGAGGUCUGUUCUUAACCUGAAACUGUUCUUAACCUGAAGCAGCACUUUAGCUAAUGGGGCCUCCUGUUGUUGCUGCUGCGCCGCCACUGCACAAUUUCUGUUCUCAUCCUGAAGCAAAGUUCUUAACCCGAGGUAAUAUUUCUGGGUUAGUGGAGUCUGUAACCUGAAGCGUAUGUAACCCGAAGUACCACUGUAUUGAGCAGCUCCCAGCUGAGCCCCUUUGGCUGUGACAAAAGUGUGUGUGUUCAAGCAUUUAUUGCCAAACCCACACAAAUACGAACUGUUUUGGCUCCGUGCGUUGCCAUGUGCUUUUGUGCUUGGGCCCAUGUUUAUCUCUCACCCGCUCCCUCCACUAACCCAAAGGGCCAGGAUCCCUUUUAACAAGUUGUAGAACUUAUACUGAACAUGAGCAGCUGUUUCCACCCUCACUUGUAAGGCGAGACCCAUUUGUACUAUACAUUUAAAGUAGUUUCAUAUUGCUUCAAACAGCCAGGGCCUCCCCCCCCAAAAAAAAAUUCCUGGGAACUGUAGUUUGUGAAGGGUGCCGUGAGUUUACCCUAAUUCUCAGAGUUCUCUGGGAAGAGGUAUUGACUGUGAAACUACUCUGGCAAUCAUAGCUCACGGUGGUGCAAAUAGAGGUCUCCUGACAACUCUCAACGCUGAGAUACACAUAAUUCUCCAUGGUUUUCUGCUAUUACCCUCAAACUCAGGCAAAUGGGGAUUGCAAUAGAUUCCCUUCUUCUGUUGGAAGACUCACAGAUCUUGUCUCUCAUCAAGCAGAGACUGAUAGAUCAUGAAAUCCAAAAACUCUACCCCUCCCAGCCUUUUGUAUGUUCAUCUGCUUACUUAGGAUCGCAGCCUCACCAUAGAGACACACCUAAUUACUUUUACAAUUUAGAAACUCAAUCGCAACACAGAGCUUUUAUGCUAGCUCGUCUAAAUGCAUUCCCCUCAUCUUUAUUGUUUGGAAGGUUCCAAAAAAAUCCGCUUCCAGGGUAGAUUCUGUUCCUGUAAUAAGAAAACACCAGAUACAGUCAAACCUUGGUUGUCAAACAUAAUCCGUUCCAGAAGACUGUUUGACGUCCGAAACGUUCGACAACCAAGACGCAGCUUCUGAUUGGUUGCAGGAGCUUCCUGCACUCAAGCAGAAGCCACGUCGGACGUUGACUUCCGAAAAACGUUAAAAAACCGGAGCAUUUACUUCUGGGUUUUUGAUGUUCGAGAGCCAAAACGUACGAUAACAGAGGUGUUCGGGAACCGAGGUUAGACUGUACAAUAUAUCACAUAAUUUUGGAUCACCCUCUUCUCAACACCCAUCACAGGGAUCUCCUAGUGACUCCCUUAAAUAUCAAAAUAAUAAUUUGCAGAGAUUCUGUAAUCCAAUAUUUGUUGAGGGAUAAUACUCCUGAAACUACCAAGAUUGUUUCGGGGUACUUAGCCGAGAUCUUUAAAGCUAAAUGUAAAGUUGCCUGGUUUAUUCAGUGGUGGUUAUCUAGUCUUUUGUAUAUUGCAUGUGUUUGGAUUAUCAAUGUAUUUGGAUGGCUUUGUAUGCUUUUACUGUUUUAACUUAUGCCAAUAAAGGCUAGAUGCAAGUUGUAACUCCCAACCCCCUUGGGUGGUGCAGAGUUAAAAAGGGCAAUGGCUACUUCCCCAAAAGUCAACGCCUCGAGGCAGAAAACAAGGAGGUGUGGGGUCCUUUCUGCCCACCAACUGCCAUGCAAGCCAGACUUCCUCCCUCCAGGCUUGAGCUUGUAGUCAAUUCUUUGCAAGCCUGCUAAGGGCAACCAAUGAGAAUGGGCUGGAAAAAAACUGUUCCUGGAUUGUGUAUUUUUCAUCUGUGACUGCCCAGAUGGGUGGACGGGUCUUCAGAGAGAGGGGGGAGCACUGUGCUCCCUUCUUUGCUUUCAGACCUUUUUUCAGGUCAGCGUAAGGUUACCAUAGGGACGCGGGUGGCGCUGUGGGUUAAACCACAGAGCCUAGGACUUGCUGAUCAGAAGGUCGGCGGUUCGAAACCCCGCAAUGGGGUGAGCUCCCAUUGCUCGGUCCCUGCUCCUGCCAACCUAGCAGUUCAAAAGCACGUCAAAGUGCAAGUAGAUAAGUAGGUACCACUCCGGCGGGAAGGUAAACGGCGUUUCCGUGCGCUGUGCUGGUUCACCAGAAGCGGCUUAGUCAUGCUAGCCACAUGACCUGGAAGCUGUUUGUGGACAAACGCCGGCUCCCUCGGCUUAUAGACCGAGAUGAGUGCCGCAACCCCAGAGUCGGUCACGACUGGACCUAAUGGUUAGGGGUCCCCUUUACCUUUACCUUAAAGGUUACCAUGUUUUUUUCAAUGAAUCCGGGAACACUUUUCAACUUCAAUGGAUUUUGUACGGGGACUGAUUUGUAAAUCCGGGGACUGUCCCCGGGAAAUGGAGACGUCUGGUAACCUUAGGUCAGCGGUGGGGCCCAGGGUCAGCGUGUGCCCCUCCAGGUCUCUCUGUCGGGCCUUUGAGACUUUCUUAGCUACACCACUCUCCGCAAAUGUGUUUGCCUGGCUGGCCAGGCUUUGUGUCCUUCUGUUGUGAUGAUACCUCUCGCUUGCCUGGGUGAAGCAGAGAGAGAGGUGUGGGGCGUGUGCUGGAAACCUCUGACUUUUACCAUGCAAAGAGAAGUCACACCCAUUGCUCCGCCCAGUUUUUCCCCUGGCCCCGCCCACCACCAGCACACACCUCUGGAAGAUUGCCAGCGAGGCCCUCUGGACUGUAAAAGGUUAUCCACCACAGCCAGCAUGGCCAAUAAAAGGUAAAGGUAAAGGGACCCCUGACCAUUAGGUCCAGUCUUGACUGACUCUGGGGUUGUGGCGUCAUCUCGCUUUAUUGGCCGAGGGAGCCGGCGUACAGCUUCCGGGUCACGUGGCCAGCAUGACUAAGCCGCUUCUGGCGAACCAGAGCAGCGCACGGAAACGCCGUUUACCUUCCCGCCGGAGUGGUACCUAUUUAUCUACUUGCACUUUGUGCUUUCGAACUGCUAGGUUGGCAGGAGCAGGGACUGAAGAACGGGAACUCACCCCGUCGUGGGGAUUCGAACCGCCGACCUUCUGAUCGGCAAGUCCUAGGCUCUGUGGUUUAACCCACAGCGCCACCCACGUCCCAGCAUGGCCAGUAGUCAGGGUUAAUGUGCGGCCCAUCAACACCCAGAGAGAUGAAGAUUCCCCAUCCCAUGAGUAGACCUGUGAUGGUCUUCCAUUUGGGCUGGAGUCCAGCAUCCCUGAUUGUCCUCUCCUCUCUCCUGUACCAGGUAGGUGAGAAGGUGAUGGUGAUGGCCAGGUCGGGGCUCUGGCAGGAAAUUGUGACCGUCCAAGCCAACCAGACAUUCCCAAUGCCGGAAGGGAUGAGUUUUGAGGAAGCAGCUGCUCUUUUGGUCAACUACAUCACCGCCUAUAUGGUCCUCUUUGACUUCGGCAACCUGCGACCCAACCAGAGCGUCCUGGUCCACAUGGCAGCAGGUAAACAAGGAUUUCCACCUCUGCAGUAGGAAGCUAUAGAUCAAUGAAAGAGGACCAGUCCUUGACUUCCUAUUCUCUUCCUGCACUACGAAUGUAUUUAUUACAUUUGUAUCCUUCCUUCUCUCCAGUGCUCUUAGUGCUCAAGGUUCUUUUCUUACCACCCACCCUUUCCCCAUAUGUCACAAGGCCGCUUGGUCAAAGCUGGGGUCAUGGUUUGUUUCUCCCUAACAAGCCAGGAUCACGACCCAGGCUUAGCUGCUGUAGACUUGUGAAAUCCUGGCUUGUUACGGAGAAAGAAAGCACAAUUCCAGGUUCAGACAUCACAGUGAUCUGAUUUAUUGACCUGGUAGCACCAUAGGAGGAGUGAAAACAGGCUAUGUGCACCAGCAUUCUGCUCAUGUAUCUUGUUGACAUGUGAGUGCAGCCAUUGCGCAGUAGAACGGGACCUCCUAGUCUUUGCCAAAGUGUUUAACUGCCGUGAUUCUCAAACUAGCUUAAUUCGAUAGCAUAGAUCAGAGGCCGCCAAUCUUUGGGGCCCUGUGGGAAUGCUUGCAAACUGGAGAAAUGGUUGUGAGCAACACAACUGCAACCUGCAACUUAUUCUAUUGGCUAAAAUAUGCUUCCUUCGAUCCUAAUUUCAGGGAUGGGGGCCCUGUGGGUGCCAGGUUCCUGGCUUAUAUAUUCUCUUGAGGCUUUUCUAAAAGAAGUACUGUAUUUUUUGCUCUAUAAGACGAUGCAUACAGGCUCUGCUCAGCGCUCCCUUUAAAAAUAUUUUUUUCUUGCAUUCCCCAUCUAAAAACUAGGUGCGUCUUAUGGGGUGAAAAAUACGGUAUCUGUAGAAGAUGCUUCUUUCGAUCCAAAUUUCAGCAGUGGGGGCCCUGUGAGGACCCGGUUCCUGGCAUACAUAUUGCCUUGAAGCUUUUUUGAUUUGAUAUUACCGGAGAGAACAUCUCUGAUGGAUCUUAACUUAGGCUAGUUUAGGCUCGGGAAGCGAUGAACGCUGAUACAUUCCUGUGAAGCCAACUUUUCCUUGGCUCUUCAUAAGCCAAUCCGCGUCGUCUUCUGUAUGGGCCAACGGAGCAGCUACUGUCUACUGAAUUUGGCAGCGAGUGGAGAGAAUAUUUCCCGCGUUGGGAUGGAGUUGAACGAGGCCCCUUGGCUGCCAGUGGCGCCACAGUGCGCGGCUUCACUUGCCUCUGUUUCCUCCUUCCAGGUGGCGUGGGGACUGCAGCCGUCCAGCUCUGCAAAACUGUGGAGAACGUCACUGUUUUUGGUACAGCUUCUGCCUCCAAACAUGAAAUCCUCAAGGAGAAUGGAGUCACCCACCCAAUUGACUAUCGGACAGCUGAUUAUGUGGCAGAAGUACGGAAAAUCUCCCCCAAAGGUCAGUAACAGAGCAGAGGCAGAGAGCUCUGGAACCAGGGUGCAGCAGGCAAAAACUUUCCUCCAUAUAACUAGACCUUUGGCCCUUAACUAUCUGUGGCCUUUUAGAAGUGUAUGGGAUGUUUAUAAAAAAAUUCUCUUCCUCCUGGUUUUAACGUACCUAUGUGGGGUUUAUUGUCUGCCUGCCUGCCUGUUGGAUUGGUUGAACGUUGCUUUGGGGUUACCCUGGGCAAGAUAAAGCAACCAACAUAUUCAACAAAUAAUAAUAACAAUAAAAUAACAAUCAUUAUCAUGAUCUCCAUCUCUGGGUUUCUGCUUGCAACGUGGUUUUCAGCCGAAUUGUGCUAACCUGUUGCAAAACUCCACAAAGUUUUUUUUUUAUUAUCCUGAUUUGUAAAGCUGUUAAGGGGCUCUUCGAUAAUUAAUCGUAGUAAUUUAAAUUAAGCAAUUAAUUCUUCUGAUUAAAAACAAGAGGCCUGGAGAGAAAAGCACUCUUUCCUUUCAUUAGGCUAGAGUGCUGUUUAAAUUUGGCCAAGGGAACACAUCACAUUAUAGUCUUUUUAAUAUUAAAAAAGAUCAGGGCUUUCCCUUCUGCAUUUUUUGGAAUGUUCCCCUAGGGGAAAUGUGUUUACAACUGUCCAGAAACAUAUAUUUCAGACGUGGAACUGGACAUUUGUUCCUGAAUACUGGAAGGUCCUUAUAAAUCUUUUGUAACGGCAACUUUCUCUCUUUGUCUUGUUAGGUGUAGAUAUCGUCUUAGACCCUCUGGGGGGUUCAGAUACCACAAAAGGCUUUAAUCUCCUGAAGCCAAUGGGGAAACUAGUCACCUACGGUGAGUAAAGAAAACUUGUUGGGUAACUGAAUUGAGGCUCCACCCAGCCCUGGAAUCUUUUGAAUCCCAAAGCGCAAAACUCGAAUCUUCGAAUAAGAAAAUGCCUCUGCGCAUGUGCAGAAUGCUGCGCUUUAAAUGUGGAGCUCAGCUCUGCGCUGGAACCAGUUUGCAAUGCUCAAGGCUCAGCCUCUGGAGCCUGAGAAAUGGAAAUGUACAAGGACUGGCUUCCUGGGGUCAGACCAAAAGCUCCCAUCUUUCUAUCUCCAAAAGAGCCUUUGAAGCACCAUCCCCCUUUAUCUGAGUCAACUGAGCGCCCUGCAGCUGUGACAGAAGCUUUGUGGCAUGUGGGAGUCAAACGCCAAAGCUGUUGAAUGCUUCUCUCCCCCUGCUUCCGGCAGUGAGCACACUGUAAUUCUGUGCUCGCAGACAAAGCCUUUACACAGUCGAACUGGCAGCGGAGAUCAGAAUCUUGCAACCCCGGGGUGGCCAUCUAGAAGUUUCAGAGUUGAAACUUGCAGGCCUUUGCAGACGCCAACAUGGUGUUCCAAAAAAGAUCACUGUCAUUUCCAGUUCUGCAGUGUAAAGACCCCACAUACCAGGCUGCCGUUUAUGGUUAUGAAUUCAUUACAAAACCUAAAUUUGUUUCAGCCUGAUUUUGAACCUGGUUUUGACAUAAAUGGCCUACAUUGGGAGAAGGAGGGUGGAGAAUAAUAAUAAUAAUAAUAAUAAUAAUAAUAAUAAUAAUAAUAAUAUGCUGCCCAUCUGACUGGGUUACCCCAGCCACCCUGGGCAGCUCCCAACAGAAUAUUAAAAACACAAUACGACUUCGCUGAACAGGGCUGCCUUCAGAUGUUUUCUAAAAGCCAAAUGCAGUUGUACCUUGGUUGUCGAACGCCCUGGAACUCGGACGUUUUGGCUCUCGAACGCCGCAAACCGUUCCGGUGAUCGUUCCGGUUUGCGGACAUUCUUUUUGGAACCCGAUCAGCCAAUCAGAAGCCGUGAUUUGGUUUUUGAACAUUUUGGAAGUCGAAAAGAUUUCUGGAAUGGAUUCCGUUCGACUUCCAGGGUACGACUGCAGUCAUUUAUUUCCUUGACAUCUGACGGGAGGGCAUUCCACAGGGAGGGUGCCACUACCGAGAAGGCCCUCUGCCCGGUUCCCAGUAACUUCACUUCUCGCAGUGAGGGAAAUACUACAAGGCCCUCACAGCUGGUACUGCCAAGUCUCUCAGUGGCUAUGGCCAUCACUGGCCAUGUUAUCCUUCUGUGGUUCAGGGCCACCGAGUUCCAGUAGCUCUAUCUUCCUGGAUGGCUGCUUCCAGGAAGUGUUACUAGAAGCCUCCUGUUACCCUUUCUCCUGGCAUUUGUGCCUUGUGGUUUAUUCCUUGUGCUGCCUUUCAGUCACAUGAAACCACCGAGUGAGAUCACCUGGGGUUCUGGAGUGUCGGCAGGUACUGAUGACGGCCCCCUUCAAAACUCCAGCUCACCUCGCUCCAUCUCUCCUUGACAUCUAAUUCUGGCAAGGCACAGGAAGCCUUGAAUUGGCUAUCAGUAACGAACUAGAUAAGGGCGAUAAACUGAAGCUCAGUUGCAAAAGAGGGGAGGUACUGGUAUAGCUCAGGGCCCCAUUGUUCUGGAGGGGGGAAGUGUAGGUCCUUGGCCUUUGAAGCCCUGUGGGGCUGGGGACCUAGGUGCUGCAGAGAUUGUCUGCCUCCACUUUGGGCAGAGUAGCUAAAUUGCACCUAGGAAGCCAAAUCAUGUGCAAUACUGACGCUUUUCUUGAGAUUAAGGCCAUGUCCAAGCACUUCUUAAAAUAUUCCAAGGCCUUUACUAGCAGGCCAUAUAGCUAAGGAAGAAUACAUGCAAAGGAUUUACAUUCACAUGCUCUUCCAAGCACGGGUUUAGUUUUUCCUAGUUGAAGAUUUCAGCCUCUGCCUAAGAGAAUGAUCCAGUGUGAGACAGCGGCUUUGAGCACAUGCAGAACGCUUUGUCAGUUGCCCCUAAGCAACUCUUGUGUAAUAGCACACAACAAAAUUAACUCUCGAAACACCAGCAAAUUAAGCAGAAAUUCACUCAGAACAAUUACAGUGGUAAUUACUAAACGAUGACCAACAAAGAUAACUGCAAGCCACAAUGCAUAAAAUACCACAAUACAUGCAGAAUCAUGUAAAAGGAACAAAUUGAGAAACAAAGACGCACAAUUUAUAAAAUCGUGGGUUUUUUGUUUUUUUAAAAAUCCUCCCUUCCCAGCUGCUUUUCCUGUUCUUAAAGUCAUGGCCAGGGAGAGGCUAAUUGCUCAGCUAGACUUGACUGAGGUUGCCUGUGUAGGAGAAUAGAGUUUAACCUUCCAAGACAUCCUGGCCACUGUAUGCUGCUACAGUGGUACCUCGGGUUACAGACGCUUCAGGUUACAGAUUCUGCUAAUCCAGAAAUAGUACCUUGGGUUAAGAACUUUGCUUCAGGAUGAGAACAGAAAUUGUGUGGCGGCAGCGGGAGGCCCCAUUAGCUAAAGUGGUGCUUCAGGUUAAGAACAGUUUCAGGUUAAGAAUGGACCUCCAGAACAAAUUAAGUUCUUAACCCAAGGUACCACUGUACUGCGGCCCAUGUUUUGUUAGCCCAAAAAUGUAAAACGAACAAAGUCCCAACUAAAGAAGAAUGGCAACUGAAGCUGAUGGAAUAUGUGCAGCUUUCAGACCUAAAUAAGAGAACAAGAAGAACAUACGUUUAGAGAAGAUUGGAAAAUGUUUAUUGAAUAUAUGGGGGGAAAUUGUGUACACUUGAAAAUGUUGGCAGCAUUAAGGUAAAUUCAACAGUGUAAAUAAGUUUCGAUGGAUGCAAUAAUGGAAUACUGAAUGGUUUAGUUUAUGUAAAAUAUGCAGGGAUUUAAGAUUUGCAAAAUGAACCAUGGAAAGAGAAGAAGGGAAGUCAAUUGAGAUUUUAAGGCUGUUCAAAUGAGUAUUCUAAAUUGUAGAACAUAAAAUUUAAUAAAAAUUUACAGAUAUAUAAAACAAGACAUCCUGGCCCCUGUGCAGCAGCACCCAGGCAGUCGCUAAAUGAUACGUCUUUCCGCUUGGCAGGUGUAGCCAACUUGGUAACAGGGCAGAGGAAGAACCUGAUGGCCAUGGCUAAGACCUGGUGGAACCAGUUCAGCAUCAAUGCCUUGCAGCUCCUGCAUCUCAACAAGGCCGUCUGCGGCUACCACCUGGGCUACCUAGAUGAGGAGGUGGAGCUCUUGAGCAGUGUGGUGAACAAGCUGAUUGCCCUCUACAACCAAGGCAAAAUCAAGCCCAAGGUGGACUCCGUUUGGCCCUUUGAUCAGGUGAGUGUGGGCGGCAGCGCACCGGGCUCUUCUUGUCCUUAACGCGAUCGGUUUCUAGGUGUGAUUUCAGGGCUUUGGCUGUUCAGUGGAGAUAAAAGGGAGGCCCUCCGUUUAGCCGCAGGAAAUCACAGGCAGGCCUAUAGGAUGGGGGUGGUUGGGACCUGGCUUGUACACAUGCAAAGUGAUUUAGGGGCUUUAGGUGUGAGCACAAGCUGAACAGGAGCCAGCAGCGAGAUGCAGCAGCUAAAAAGGCUAACACAAUCUUUGGCUCUGUUAACAGGAGCACGGUCUCCAGAUCACACAGGGAACAAUGAUUUUCCUCUGUUCAGGUUGUGUUGUGGAUCUGGGUGUGCCACAUAUAACAAAAAGACGUUGCUAAACUGUGUUGUGUUUCCAGAGGAGGGUGACCACAACGUUGAGGAAGCUGGAAACCGAGCCCUGUGAGGAAAGAGUUGUAAUAGCAGGGGGAUGUGCAGCCUGGAGAUGAGAAAGUCAAGGGGGGAGCAUUUUAGCGUUCAUCUUCAGGAGGUGGCGUAGACUAGGGUCCCGUCCACACCAUACAGCAUUUCAACACACGAUGGUUCCCUCCAGGAAUUAUGGGAUUGUAUCUUACUGUUACGGACUGGUUGAACGCAGGGGAAUGGUGGGAGGAACUAGCUGGGGAAGCCCCCCAAGGGAAGAAGACUCAGAGCCCGGGGAUGGGUGGUGGGACAGAGGGAGAAGAUGGAGAAGACUGGGAGGAGGUGUUGGAAGCUGAAGAGGCAACAGGGUUUAGUGAGCUGGGAGAGUCUGUGGCAGAGAGAAGUCCAGAAUAAGAAGUAGAGGCUGAGGCUGAAGCUGGGGUGGGAGGGGGGAGAGUCAGAGAUGAAACAGACUGGGAAGAGUCUGUUGCUGUGACCAGCUCCCCUCCUCCCUGGUUUCUUAGAACCAGGAGAGGCACGGAGAGAGAGGAUGAGAAAUUAGCUUCAGGCAGGCACAGGUGGUGGUGACGGGAGAUGGCUUCGCAGCGGUGAUGGGAGAUGGCGGCAGUAGCGGUGGCAGCCUGCAAGGCCUUGUGGAGGUGAUAGAGAGUGGCGGCAGUAGCGGCGGUGGCCUGCGAGGACUCGCGGUGGCGAUGGGAAGUGGCAGCAGUAACGGCACUGGCCUGAGAGGCCUUGCAGUGGCGGCAGGAUUUGGCAGCAGAAGUGGCAGCAGCCUGCAAGUCCUCCUGGCGGUAGUGGGAGGCGGUGGCAGAAGCUGUGGCGACCUGCCUCAGCUUCUGCCGCUGUCUCCUGCUGCCACUGCAAGGCCUCACAGGCCGCCACUACUGCCACCGCCAUGGCAAGGCAUUGCAGGCUGCCGCCGCUUCUGCUGCUGCUGUCACCCACUGACGUGGCAAUGCUUCGCAGGCUGCUGAUUAUUGCGCCCCUGCUGCCAGGCUGCCGCCGCUUCUGCCUCCAUCAUUCCUGCUGGCAGCCUGGCAGUCCCAGAUUAUUUGUAUUCACUAUGACUCAUCAUCGUACUUUGGAUUCCCCUGAAUACCACCAAUUGGUAGCCAAGUCCAAAACCCAAAGUCCUGUUGGGAUGCAUUUUGCCUUGCCUGCUGAUGAAACGGAGUGUGUGUCGAUUGAUAAUGUUGUCAUUUAACCAUUUUGGACCCCUAAGUACUAGUAGUCAUCAGGACAUUGUCCUGUUCGCCUCUGUAUAGUUCCUUCCUUAUUUCAGAUAUCGUCAGAUAUUGAUAUAUCGCAAUGUCCUGCUGGUGAUACGUUGCGAUACCAUAGCUGCCAACCUUCCCCUUUUUUGCGGGAAAUUCCCUUAUUCCAGCGCCGUUUCCCUCUCCUAUCCCAGAUUGUUAGAUAUCCCGUAGACUGUCCCCGGGGCAGGUGAGGCUGCUGAUCCCUUAUUUUCAAGGCUGCUGAUCCCUUAUUUUCAAAUCUGAAAGUUGACAUCUAUGUGCGAUACUGAUAACCAGUUAUCGCUCAGCCCUAGCGUGGGGAGCAGGGUGAUUUCGAACAAAGCCUUUCACUGCGUGACUUUGUGUUUAGUCAUGAGGCGGGGUGCUGUGGGGAGCGAGUGAAGAAAUAAGUUGAGUCAUUAGAUCACAUGUGUAUUUGCUGCUCAUUAAGAGAGAGAAGGAACAAGGGACAAACCCAACCCCAGCAAAUCUAGUGCUGGGCUUUAGUGAGUAAGUUCAUUGUGUGGUUUUUAUUUUCACAAAAGGUUCAAUCCUUUGCAUUUGCAGGCAGGACUGCAAGAGAACCCGGUAGUUCAGAUGUAAGCAGCACUGAGCAGGAUAGACCCAACGGUCUGAUUCUCUGUGGCAACCACUCUUCCCAGUCUUGGCGUUUGGCUCUUGCAGGGCUGAGCCUUUUAAAAGAAGCUCCCAGGCGCUGAACCCUUGUUUAGAGAUCUCCUGGCCUUGUUGCCUUAUGUGUUCCAAGACCCAACACUGAAAACUGGCUUGGGAAAUGAACGGGACACAGUGAUGGAAACCAGAGUGCACGGAAAUGCCGUUUACCUUCCCACCACAGCGGAACCUAUUUAUCUACUCGCACUGGUGUGCUUUCAAACUGUUUUGGAGAUUUGGCCAGGUUGCUUAUGAUCCCUGCUUGGGAAUCUCUUAUUGGGGGUGGGGGGAAGAAGAGAGGCAGGCGAACCAGAAAGGGGGCAAGGAUGGGGGCGGUUUUCUCCUGAGAUUACCUCCUUCUGUUGCCUCCUGGCUAUGCAUUCUGAUGCACACAGUAACAAGUGGAUUCCAGCCACUUUUAAUUAAGCUGAAAAUGUGUGGGGUGGAAAGGGGAAAAAAACACCCCUUUGCUGCAUCUGAGCUGUAAAAAGCUCCUGUUCCUUGAAAUCGGUUUCCAAAAAGGGUUAAGGAAUUGCAGAAUCAGAAGAGUCUAGACAGUGGUGUCCAAACUUCUUUCAAAGAGGGCCAGAUUUGAUGAAGUGAAGGGCCUUGAGGGCCGAAAAGGGCCAACCAAAGUUGUUUACCUUAUUUCAGGAUUGAAGUUGUUGAGGUUUUUUUAGGAUUUUACCCCAGGAAAUAAACUGCCACAGGGGCCGGAUUAAACUGAUUAGGCCCCUGAAAUGGACUUUGGACUUGCCUUGUCUAGGAGAGAUUUGAUAGCUGCUGAAUGCAACAUUCCUUUCUGCUGUUAGGAUGGUUCAUUAGCAGUUGGUAAGGGAUGUGGGUGGCGCUGUGGUCUAAACCACUGAGCAUCUUGGACUUGCCGAUUGGAAGGUCGGCGGUUCGAAUCCCCGCAACAGGGUGAGCUCCCGUUGCUCUGUCCCAGCUCCUGCCAACCUAGCAGUUCGAAAGCACACCAGUGCAAGUAGAUAAAUAGUUACUGCUGUGGUGGGAAGGCAAAUGGCAUUUCCGUGCGCUCUGGUUUCCGUCACUGUGUCCUGUUGCGCCAAAAGCAGUUUAGGCCUGCUGGCCACAUGACCCGGAAAGCUGUCUGUGGACAAACGCUGGCUCCUUCAGCCUGAAAGCGAGAUGAGCGCCACAACCCCAUAGUCGCCUUUGACUGGACUUAACCGUCCAGGGGUCCUUUACCUUUUGAUUAGCAGUAAUUCUGCCAUGGUAAAAAGGAAACGCUCACACAUUGAAUUGCGAACUGGCUGAGUUUGUUGGCAGUGGAUGUUGCAAAAGCUGCAGCUAUCUGAAUAGCAUUCCAGGACUGCACAAAUUCAUGAAGCGUUUGUCAAUCCAAGGCUGAAAAUCAGUGGCUGGGUACUUCUGUUUCUCAGAGACUGCCGGGGGGGCAAUCUCCCUUUGGGUGUUGUAUAUGGCUGACCAACGUUGCAGAUGGAAUUUUGACCCUAUUCCUAGGGGACCAGUUCUGAGAGAUCCCACAAUUGUCUUUGUCGCCUAAUAGGAUUGAUGUGUGUGUAUUGGGGGGGGGGGCAGGACUAGUCCCAGCUGAAAGACCCUUAAGGAAGAAAAUGAAGCCCCUCCUCCUUCUCCCCCUGCAGGUGGUAGAUGCCAUGAAGCAGAUGCAAGAGAAGAAGAACGUUGGGAAAGUUGUGCUGAUUCCCGAAGCACCACCGAAGGACGAAAGCAAAGCAGCAGAGAACUAAAGUGAAAGGCGUGGGUGGAUUGUCUGACCUCAGGUCCUCAUGUUGUUGUAUUUUGGGUUGUGUUAUUUUUUUUAAAACCUGUCCCCCUCCCCAUGUCUGACCCUUUGAUGGAAGUAGGAAUGGGCAUAUAGAUCUCUCACUGCUGUUCAUGGAAUAAGUGGUGUAAGGACCGAAAAGACACAUGUAUUGUCGUCGGUUGGUGGCCUCUGGAGGCGAUGCAAGCUUCUGGGUUUCACAGAACGCUUUGCACCAUCUCUAAAGCAUUGGCCGGCCUCCUUUCAAAAGUAAAUAAAUAGAAAGUAAUCACAGAGAGGAAUUGCAUUGAUCCUACAUCUCUGCUCUUGUAGCAUUAACUCUUCAUUAAAGGAAUAACAAGGCCCAAUGUGAACUUGCAGGUGCCUGAGUCAAGUACACACCCACUGAAAUUUCCUCUUGAUUUCUGGGUCCUUCUUUUACCUUUAUUUGUAACCUACCCACAACUCCACAAAAUCCAUGCCAAAUUCACCUCCUGAGCCCUCUUCUCUUCCUGCCCAGUCCCUCCCCUGCCUCUGGUGACUAAUAACUUUAGAGCAUGUAAAACUCACAUUAUUAUUACAGCAGCCAUCGAAAGUCUCCAUGGAAACGGAGCUUCAAACCUGCCGCUUCCGAUGGGCAAAUUUAAUAAGCAAGACGCAUCCAACUUUUUCAGCUCUGCUGUGACACGAAGAAUGGAGGAGAGGCAGAGAAUUGUUCCUCUGCGUUAUCUUGAUGCAGACAUGCCCUUGAUCCUGUCACCUCCUCCAGUACGCAAAUGUCCAUUUGCUAUGCUGGCAACCUUAGCAUAUCUAAACCAUUUUUUAAAUAAAUAAAAACCUGCCCUGGCAAUUGCAAUGGUUAUGUGAAGGAGGCAACAGAAAGCACCUAGGUUUCUUUUGAGAGACACCUUGGGGUUUUUUUCCACUUUAAUUGGGUUGCGUAGACACAUACACAACGGUGCCAAACAGCUGACUAGUCUGCAAUCAGCUGACUUGUCGGCAAUCUCAAAAGCCGUGCUAUCGCUUGCAGAAUCAGCUGUCCUGGUCAUGUAAAUGGCACAUGAUUUGGUGGUUGGAUGUUUGAAUGGGGAAAACAAUCUAUACGCAAUCUGGCUGGAGGAAGGGACACGGAAACCCUUCCCUGCUGCAACUCUUGGUCGUCGUUUUUCUUCGAGAGCAAGAGCACCUUCAGGUGCGUGGCACAGGCCGGUUGCCUUCCAGAACACAGCUAGCAGAAUUACACGCUGGCUAAAUGUUCCCUUUACGUUUACAUUUCCUGUCAGGCUGUGGGAGAACAGGCAGCGAAAUUUAGCAGUUGUCUGCAACGAGCAGAGAGUUUCUGCUUCCGGUCCUGUCACUUUUGGUUAGUGGUCUGUGUGGAAAAUGAGUCGCUGUGCUGCCUUAAGCUGUGUUGUGCCACUUCUGUGGGCUCUAAUCUCUUCUUUGAGCCUUCUUUCCCCCCUCUCUUCCAUUUCAGCAAACCUCUCAACCUUUUUAAGUCCUCGGGCCACAAAGCAUCACUCUGUAGCUCGACACAUGGAGUAGAUACGGCCCUUAAAAAUUGCGCCUGUUUUGAGUUUCCCCUCCAAGCUGUCCUAGGUCCAACCAAAGGGAUCCAACUCACUUCCCCUUGAUGUUCAUACCUGGUGAAGGCAGCAAACCUCCGAAGGUAGCGUUCUGCCUCUGCCUGGCGUAAAGAAACGAUAAAGAGUACAGGGAAUCGCAACAGUAAAACCUGGGCAUUUCCCCCUGGUUCCCUUUCCCCCUCUUCCCAGCCCCAUAGUGAGAGUGGAAGACAAGCGUGGGCUGUGUUUUGGCUCACGGUGAACCCUUGAUGCCAGGAAUCGCCUGCAGGAAUGUUUCCACCUUACCUUAUGGUAAGAAGGGACAGACAACCGGAGGCCCGCUAGAGCUCCCAUCAGUCACAGCCAGCAUGGCCAGUCACCCAGCAACAUACAGAGGGAUGCGAGUUCUCCAUCCCUGCCUUUUAGGCCCUGUAGCGGGAGUCACAGAGACUUCACACCUUAUAAAAAUAAUAGUUUAUUAUUUAUACUCCACCCAUCUGGCUGAGUUUCCCCAGCCACUCUGGGCGGCUCCCAAUCGAGUGUUAAAAACAAUACAGCAUCAUAAAUUAAAAACUUCCCUAAACAGGGCUGCCUUCAGAUAUCUUUUAAAAAUAAGAUAGCUGCUUAUUUCCUUGACAUCUGAUGGGAGGGCGUUCCACAGGGCGGGUGCCACCACCGAGAAGGCCCUCUGUCUGGUUCCCUGUAACCUCACUUCUCACAGUGAGGGAACCGCCAGAAGGCCCUUGGAGCUGGACCUCAGUGUCCAGGCUGAACGAUGGGGAUGGAGACCCUCCUUCAGGUAUAUAGGACCGAGGCCGUUUAGGGCGUUAAAGGUCAGCACCAACAUUUUGAAUCUCGCACCUUCAGCGUGUGAGAGUGCCAAAAAGAGCCUUUCCCAGUCCAUCCAAGCAUUUGGCUGCUGAAGCAGUUGCUGAUGCCAAUGUUUUUCAAGGCGUUCCCUUUAGCUACCCACACACGCAACAAACAGGUCCAUUAGCAAUUUCUGCGAGUGAGCUAGGCAAGGAGGUUUCUUACACCAUCAGCAUGGAAAAUAACUUGAUCUUAACAACCGAAAGUCAGGAGGAUUAUUCUAACCAAAAGUUGCAAAGAGCCGAUUCUGGGAACUCUGUUCUUUUUCCUUGCUGUGCCUCUUUUAUUUUUGUCCCAGGGUAUAUUGUCUUUCCCUCCACGUAAAGUGCUGGAAUAUAUAUUUUUUUAGGGGGUAUGUGUCCCAUCUUCUCAAGCAACUUGGAUUUAAGGCCAUUUAGCAUGGGUCAAGCAUUCUUCAUCCUACCAUGCCACGCUUAGCGAAGAGUAUUGCAAAUGUCAGAUUAAUGCUUACAGGGCCCUAGGGUUGGGAUUGGCCAAAAGUGGAGCACAUGAACUGCAGGCAGGUGGUCGCAAGUUCAGUCCUUGCUGGCUGUUGUUGAAAGAUGUCGGGAAAGACUGAUGGCACAAAAGACUCCCAGCUGUGAACUCCUGGCCACUGGCGCUCCAUAUUCUGACUUGGCACAAGACAGAUUAGCGUAUGUUCGUAAGGCAAGGCCGGCUGGCUAGCCACCGUCUCACAGAUCAGUCAAAUGCAACCCAGGCCAAGAUGGGCUGUCAGUGGAGAGCGGCUAUACUGAAGAACAAACAUUGCCUGCCGACUUGCUGAGGCUGCGAACCUCCCAACAUAGUCUUUUCUUCUCCUCUAAGUCCGGGUCACUUGUGUGUUCACCCAGUAGUAAGCCCCACUGAGUUCAGUAGGACUUACUCCAAGGUAAGUUUGCAUAGGAUUGCAACAUUUGCCAGCGGGACUCACAACUCUGCCGUGUGCUAAGUGAAAAAAAGAUAACACAUGGAGCUUCCAUCUCCCACAGAGAGAGGGGAAAUGGUGCAAAAAUUCACUAUUCCAUGUUUUUAAAAAAAAUAUAUAUCCUCCUUUCUGUCUUGCCUUCCUCCUUGCUGCUGCCUGGUGCCUUAUUCCGGAUGGCAUUCCAAAACUCUUGUAACCUCAUCCUGUUUAAUACUGCCUUGCCUUGGUAAGAACUUCUAUACUGCGUUGUUACUCCACCCCACCCUGUCGCCAGUGCCUUGUUCAGACAUUGAGUAAGGUCUGAGUUGUUUAGAAGAUUUCUCCUCCCUCUCGCCGGGAACUUGUGCGAACACACAAAUAUUUAUGGCUUGUAUUUUACACAAGCAGCGAUGAGGCUGGCACAUUUCAGUGUGCCUCUGCGCAAGCGCAUGAACCCGUGGUGCUCUCUGAGAACUUGAGCUGAGCUCUCCCGAGAUCCCAAAUUGCUGGCAGCCAUUGGACAUUUUCAGAGAUGUGCUGAGAAAGUCUUUCUUCUGUGCAAUCUUACACACACCUCCUCAAAAGGAAGACCUAUUAUGAUGCUCAAUUAGACUUUCUCCAAGGUAAAAUAUAUGUAGGGUUGCAGCCUUAAAUCUUCCAGAGCACCACUUCUGAAUAUUAAUGUGCUCUAGGAAGCUACAAGGAGCAUGGAUUUGGCUCAGUAGCUUUUUUAAAAAAUGGUUAUCCCACUGCUCUUGGGAAGAGAGAGGUGAAAAGGCAUUCGUCCCAUGUGCAAAAACACUUAGAAAAACCAGAAAACAUGAACCCGUAGCAACAGCAAGUGAUGAUCCUAUUCCCUUCCUGUUUGUGUGUUUUUUUUGCAGCUCCCCCCACACCUGACAGUUCUGAAACACUCCUCCUGAACAGUAAAAUAUCUCCCCCCUUGUGCUAGACAUUUAACACAGAUUUGUCUUAGUGCUCAGUACCUAAAGUUUUUUUUUAAAAGAUAAAUACAGGAGACAUCCAAUCUUAAAGCACUGUAACUUUGCUCUUUGUUGCCUUGCUGAUUAACACUGUAAUCUUGAAUUUUAUAGUAACGCCCCCUUAUUUUGUGACUUAAUUGUGUGAGAGUAUGAGUGUUGAGUGUGUGUUUAAGACAACUGUUUUUUGUUUGUUUUUUUAACGGGCCACAGGUAUUAAAGGCCCUUGGCCCUCUUAAAAAAAAAUACCGUAUUUUUUGCUCUAUAAGACUCACUUUUUCCCUCCUAAAAAGUAAGGGGAAAUGUUUGUGCGUCUUAUGGAGUGAAUGCAGGCUGCGCAGCUAUCCCAGAAGCCAGAACAGCAAGAGGGAUUGCUGCUUUCACUGCACAGCAAUCCCUCUUGUUCUGGCUUCUGAGAUUCAGAAUAUUUUUUUUCUUGUUUUCCUCCUCCCAAAACUAGGUGCGUCUUGUGGUCUGGUGCGUCUUAUAGAGCGAAAAAUACGGUAAUUUGUUGAAACUGCAUGUACUUAACUUCAAGGACCAAAGUGGGGAUGGGGGGGAAGAUAAGCUGUCACCUGAGUUUUCUUGACUCCAAAGGGCAAAACUCGUCACAAUAAGAACGCUCUUGUUUUCUGUAUGGAUUUUCGUUGCACUGUUUCGAGAUAAGAUGAAAUGGCGUUUGGAGCUAAAGCGAGGCAGGUGAAGGCUGCUGUUUAGGAUAUGGUGGGCUAUAAUGGAGGGCCAAAGUCUGAACAAUUCAAUUGCAAGUGUGCCUUCUCACCCCUUCUCCCCUCCAGCUCAAUGGACUUUAAGCACAACACCACACCCAAGCUAUUACUGAAGGCAAUGAGGCUAUCUCAGUUUCACUGCCUUCCUAAGCUACUGGCCCCCAUGUGAGCUACAGGUUGACGCAUUUUGGUGAGGCAUGGACAGCGCCAGUUCCCACCAUGUAAGGAACCAUUCACACAACAUAGAUGUGAGAGGCAAAGUUGCCUCAGAGUGAUUUAAAAAUAAAACAAAACCAUCAUGUGCCAAAACUAGCACCUGUGUUGGUGCCUGAGGUAAAACUCAACUGAGCACGGAUUUUAUCCAGAAAAUCCUCUCGACGGUGGGCCUCCUUGCAAAAUAUCAAAAUCACAGUUGCCUAAUCCACAUUUUUACGAUGUUCCUAUUCAUAGUGUCAUCUGUAACUCUUUUGGUGGUGGAGGGAGUUGGGGGUGGGUUAAAAGCACUCGAUUUUUCAACUCUGCGAUAAAAGAACAUUGAUCCUACAGGCAGAUUGGCGGGACACACCAGACUUGGCGUAAACGUCCUUCAGAAUUUGAAGAGUUGCAUCUGUGCCGCUCUUCCCCCCAAAAUGUUCUCAAAGUUGUGGAUUGGGUUGAGCUUGGCUCGCGAAAACGUUAACAAGGAACAUUGCGUGAGAGAUGGUGGAAGGGAAAACGAGAGUCGAGGUGGUCGAGGGAGGGGGGGAAGAUGCAAGGAAGGCCCUGCCUGUGUCAAUACAUUUUAUUUGCAUGUUUGUGUUUUUGUGUGGUGUCGUCUUGAGUGACAAGUGAGGAGCCUCCAGGCGUUACGGUCAUCGGCAGGUAUGCCUGAUACAGCUCAAAUCACCUGUGGAGCCACCACUAAUGUUGCCAGAUACCCUUAAGGCCUGGGGCGCCUCUGCUGAACGAAGGGCAGUUAGCAGCCAGGGCACAUGGCCGCAGUCCCUAUCACUGCAGGCUGUGGCACAAUGUCCCAUUCGUUCCUCUUUUGAUAGUUCGUGAUGAGCAGCUUGUGUGUUUUCUUAUGGUUCAAGGCGCUUCUUCAAAAGUCUCGUAUGGUGUUUCGAAAGAAGCUCGCUCUUUUCUGCUUGCGCACGUGUGUGUAUGUGUGUGUGUGCGCGUGUGCGUCGACCACGCAAAUGUGCCAAUGCUGUUUACACAGAUUUCAGACAUGAAAUGCUAGUCUGCCUAAUGUUACCAUAUGCCUUAUGUGUUUUCUGGGUGUUCAUUAAAAGCAUAACGAAAAGGAAAGACAA